AGAAUACAACAGUCUGUGAUGUGAUGGAAGUAUGGAAGUAGAUUUUUAGGGCGUCUGGUGUUGUGCAGACGUGUUGUGCCGUGCUGUUCGUUCGGUUUCUUCGAACAAAUCCACACAAUACGGACUCUUUGCUCAUUUUUUAUUUGGAUACUUUGUUCCGUUGCUGUGUUUGUGAUAUGUACCUGUGAUUUAAACAAAUGGACUGAUGACCUGAACCCGAGCCAUGUCUUCUGCCAUUUGCCAAAACUUCGUGCAGAAUGCUUGGAAGAAGGAACUGUGCUCUAACUGCUUCAAAUCGAAAGACGAACACGCAGACCGCCCCAAACCCAAACCCAUCACCUUGAUCUCGAACGACACCAUCGCAGGGAUCAUCAAAACCAACAAAUUCAAACCCAAAAGAUCGGUUUGCUUUACGAAAGAUUUGUCCGAGAUCAUCGGGUUUGGCGGCGAGGACUGGGAGUCGGACGGCGAAGACACCAACGAUGACAGCGAAUCCAGCGAGGACGACUUCGUGGCCGAGUCGGAAGAAGAAGAGUCGGAGAAAGAACUCAAGAGAAUCACGAAGGAGAACACCGAUUUUAACACGACUAGUUUAAAGUACGAACCAGCGGUGAAGAAAACCACUCAGUUGUUACUAGGUAAACCCAUCGUGGACUCCAGCGGGCGCAAACAAACCCUCAUGGUAUCGGUGACUCCAUUCGGGGAAGACGCCCCUCCGAGCCCGAAGAGGUUCAUCAAGAGCAUAUCGCACAUCCCGAUUUCGAAAAGCAGCAACAAAGAAAGCGUGCCUGAAGCCAAACAAACCAGCGUCGUGUUGACUUCAUACACGAAGAACGAAGAUGAAUCGGUUAACACGGAAGAAAAGUCGCUGCUUGACGAAAUCACCGAAACGCUAGAGAACAGCAAAAACCCGAUCCAAAUCAUGUCGCGGAAAAAAAUCCAGAAAGAGAUCGUUCUAGCAGUGUCGAAGGACGACAGUAACAAAGAAAACAUCAAAGAGGAGAAUAAGUCGUCGAAAGUGGUGGAACGCAAGGUGGGUCUGUCACGAACUCCAGCCCUCAAGCGAGACCAAGAAAAACCAGUGGUGUACCAAACAUCCACCGCGAAGAUCGAGCUCAACACCAAGAACACCAAACUCAAGAAAAACGUUAAAACUGAUAAGGAUGAAAAGACUGACCAUGAACCUGAAGAAACUCCAGCAGUCCAAGAACCUCUCAAAGUCGUUUUACCCCCAAAAACCGUGUUUCCUCAAAGUCGCGAACAAGCCGGAGAGCCUGACGGACGUGCCGACCCUGACACCGUCACCGAACCACCGGCGCUCCCCCUCACUCCCCCGCCGCUCCUCGAGGGUCAAAACUCCUUCCUCCACAACACCCCCAUCUACGAAAAACCUAAAGUCCCGUCCAAACCUGCAACCGUUUUGAUUCGUAAACCUCAGCCUGCGCAGCACCCAGAAGUCAAGAACCAAAUCCUCACGACGUUUAGUGUUGAGGAGCACAAGACUCUACUGUGUAAACAAGAUUCAACUGGGUCUGAGCGUGCCGUGAAUAAGCGAAGAGCGCCGAAGCCGCCCGAAGACCAAACCUAUGCCCGGAAUUCUCUCAAUGCGAUCAAGGGCGACUCGCCUGUGGUUCGGGAGAAGGAGAAACGGGAGAGAGCGAGUUCGUGUAGUCCGAAGAUCCGCGACCUGGAGGAGAUUAGUAUCCCGGAACCGGCCCCCAGGAAGAUGUUGUCGGUGUCUACGGAUAGCUUGGCGAGCGAAGAGAAGCGAAAAGAGAAGACCAAAGGUCGCUUCUCGUUGAAACGGUUCCUCCGCAUGGGGUCUAGUAAAGAAGGACCCAAAGUGGACUCGUUGAAGUACGAGGAGUUAGAAGGGCCACCGUUGCCUAAACCUAGGUUGGUCAUCGUGCAUCCAUCGGAGCUGAAUGGUGCAAGAGUAGAAGUAGUGGCCAAAGCUAGUCAGGAUCAAGGCGACUACCAAAACAUUAGUGUGCAAAGGUACUCAGAAGUGCCCAAUGGGCACGACUACGAGAAUUAUGCGGUGAAGGCGCAGAAGCCGCCGCCCCCACCUAGAAACAUCGACGAGAUGGACUACAAGCCGAACUUGCCGCACCCACCGAAGUCAGUCGAGAUUCUAAAGAAACAAAAGCAGUUCAAUAGUAGUACCACGAACGGGAAGAAGGCGGAAACCGUGUAUGCGAACAUCGGGGAAGUGCGGUCGGCUAUUGUUCCGAACAAACCACAACGAACAGCGAGCAUGAGAGAACACGACGCACUGCAACAAAAACAGGAGAGGAAGAACUCGAACAACACGUAUGAGCCCAUUAAUGUCAAUAGUAUGGAUAAUGGAGAGAACGUCUAUGAUUAUAUCAACGGUGGAAGAUCAAGUUCGCCGGAGUCUGAUUCUAGUCCACACAAAAAUAGUCCUACUUCUAAGACUGCUAGGUUGAAUAAGAGGUCCGAAAGUAGCAUUGACGUUUCAGGCGACUAUUUCAAAUAUAGCAACAUCCCACGAUCGCUAUCGCUUACGUACUGUGGUAGUGAGACAGAGUCGGAGAUUUAUUCACCCUACAGCUUCUACGGAAGUGAAUCAGAAGUGACCGAAGAUGAUCACGACUGGAUUCAAAACGGGCGCACCCACAAACUCCGCUCUCGGAAAGGACGAAGCAUUGUACAUAAAAACCUUGAAGAUAAUUACGGCGCUGUCAUUGUUGCCAACCACGAAGCGCUAGCUCAAGUACUCGAAAACAUUCAACAAAUCAGCCACAUUCAACCCGCUCUCAGAGGCUUGAAAUCUUUACCCAACUUGCGCUGGACUGAUUUUUCGGUUAAAUCCACCACCCAACCGGUGACAGUUGGGUGCAGGACGUUCCAACACGCUGUAUGGAACACCCAGCACGUCACUCUUGUUAUUAACACAGGCGCUGUACCAUCAAGCACUGUCGCUCUAGGAACUUACAGUUUAUCAGCGAUUACCGAAUUCAGCGAUCUUAUACCGGCGAAAUUCGCUUGCGUGGAUAGCGACGACAACAAGUACAUUCAAGCCACCGUUGGAGUAUUACCAUGGCUGCAAAUCAGCACUAUUCAGUCGUACAGUGACACCUUGAAACUCAAAGGGUCGCAAACCCACGAAGAAACGUGGAAAGAUGCGAGUUUUAUUAUGUUACAGUUGGUAAACGCGUUGAAGAUUCUGCAAGCUCAAGGCAUUGAAGAAUUGGCGCUGUCGCUCAAUAGUUUCAUUCUUUGUAAAGAAAUGGAUAAAGAAAGUCAUGUGAGAUUAUGCGUGUUGCAGGGUCUCGGUGAAGAUUUACACCUAAAACCCGACUGCGACGAAUACGGGACUUUAUGUAUGUGCGCAGCCAAAGCGCUUUCGUUGCUCCAACCCACCGCCCGCAUAACCCCCCUCAUCCAGUCGCUCCUGAAGAACGAACGCGCCGUCACUCUAACCCAGGUCAAGUCCAUCCUCGAGUUUUGUCUAUGGGGCCCGUCAGAUGUCGCCCUCGGUAGUACGAUCCGCGAACGCGAGCUGGCGCUGCAGCGGUGGCUGGAUCUGCAGCGCGCCACGGUCUUGCAUGGUCUGGUGUGCACCAGGGUGCAGCUCACCGUCUACGAAGAGUGUCACUUGUUUUUCCUGGUGAGGAGCAACGCACGGAUGAUGUGCGACGCGUCGUUGCUACUGGAAUCCAGUAGUAUGAAGCAUGGACACAAAUAAAAGGCGUUCAAUUUUCACUGUUUAUUUUAAUGGGUGUGCAGGCAAUUGUUAAUGUUAAAAUGUUUUAUUGUAUAUUGUUAUUAACUGUACAUAUUGUUAUCCCUGUGACUGCCAUUGACAUUUUUCUAUUGCAGCUGGAGUGUUAGUAUUGUGGAAAUGUCCGUUUUACAUGAAUUAAAAUGCUUGUAUUUAAAUACUUUUUGUAAUAUUUUUGUAAACAACACAAUCAACAAUAAAAUUGAUAAAUAAGA